CAACCAGCUACGAAGUUCACUUUUCUUAAUCAUUUCUCACUUGCAUGUGAAAGAUUCUUAUAAUAAGUAAUAAAAUCAAAAGGAUUCAAUGAACGAUACGGAUAUAAGCGACCGGCCGAAAUGGUUGUUGGAACUGGAAAAUCGAAAAAGGAAGCCCCGGUUGGCACACGAAGCUGGAGCUGGAGCACCUUGCGUCGUUUGUAAAGCAACGUGUCCAGGCCUGGAUUUACAUUUUUGGAGAAAGAUUUGUAAGAAUUGUAAGUGCAGUAAGGAUGAUCAUGACGUUGAUGAUGAAGAUUUUCCACAAUUCGAGUUACUGUUCGGACCUUCGAAGAAGUUCAAGAUGAAACCCACUUUGUUGCACAUAAAUGGUGGGAAAGGACGUGCAGAGGAAGCAUUCGAAUGGGUUCCACCAGGUACAACGAAGGAACUUGCUGCAGAUUAUAUGAAAGCAUUAUCUGUAGAGAAGAUUCCCAUUAAAGGAUCAGCUGGUGCAAUCCUGAGAAGGCAAUUGUUGCAGAAACAGUUGCCCCUUCAUGACAUAGAUUAUAAGACUUGUGAUAAGUUAAGUGAUCAGGAAAAGAAGGAAUUUGAAAACUACUUGGAGAAUAUAAAGAAAUACGUGGGACAGGGAACGGUCACGAAGAUAUUGAGUGCUCGACCUUACAAUCCAUCGUUACUCACGCCUGUGAAUGCAGCUGAUAUGCAACAACAUUGUUCAGCAAAUAAACCUAAUGUACCACCAAGUUUUAUUCAAUUACGUACACCGAGUAGUUUCGUACCGAAGAAUUCGUACAAGAAAGACGUUUAUCCAAAUGCACAGGAAUAUUCUGUUCCCUUAGAAAUGUCGAGUAGCAUACCAAUUUUUGAAAAGUACGAUAAAGUUAGUAAUAGCAGUGAGAUUGCAAAAUCGGAACCAAUUAAAAACAGUUUUCUCAAUAAGGGGUCGAACGAUUCUAAAACAAUUGGUAAUACUCAAACGGAUGUGGCACCGAAUCCAUCCGAGUGUUACAGAGACGCAUAUAAAGAUACUCUAAAAAAUCCAUCUACUGGCCUAUCGCAAACGAUUGACAGUAAUCCUGACGACGCUGCGGCAGCUAUGUUAGCAGACACAUCGCCCAGGACAAUUCAGUCAAGUGACAUAAUUGGAAGUACACUGGAUGAAAAGGGUUUGAGGUUCAUACGCGAGAAGCUAACGAAUAAAUAUAGCAUGCAAGAAAAUCAAACGCAGCAGCCGCGCGAUACUCCGAACUUCGCAAGAAAUUUAAAUUCAAAUGGCUCAUAUAAAAAUGACAGUUUGGAAUCACAGGGUAUGAAUCUCUCUGGGGUUUUAAUUCCACCGCAACAAAAAUGUUCAACCUCCGAACCGAUAGCCGCGGAAAUGAAAGUACAAAGACCCAAUUCAGAUGUAACUCAGUCUCAUCCUUUGGAUUCUAGACAUACUCUUCACACAGAGAUAUUAAGAGGGAAUACGGGUAACCCCCAGCCUGCGCCAACUUUAUCAGCGCAAUCACAAUUACAACCGGUCAGCAAUAAUCCUCAAGCAAUUGUAAACAGUGUUACGACACCUGCCACCGUAAUUUAUUCCGAGAAGCUACAAAAUCAAAUAUUUCCUCAUGAGAUAGUUGCGACAAAACAAUUGGGUCAAUUUUCCCCGAAUACAGAAAACCUUGAAACUGCUGUAAGAGAACUCACGAUAGAUAAUAAGUCGCAAAACUGCCACAAGUGCGAAGAAGAGAUCAGAGUCGGCGAUGUUGCUAUUAUCACAGAGAAAGCUAAGAACGCAGCAUGGCACCCCGGAUGCUUCGUGUGCAGCAUGUGUAACGAACUACUGGUGGACUUGGUUUAUUUUUAUUACAAGAACAAAUUAUAUUGUGGUCGAGAUUUAGCCACACUUUUGGGCAUACCUAGAUGUUUCGCUUGCGACGAGCUUAUCUUUGUACGUGAGUAUACUGUCGCAGAAGGUCAUAAUUAUCACGUGAACCACUUUUGCUGUUGGGACUGCGACAUUCCAUUAGCUGGAAAACAAUACAUUACAGAGAACGAUCGACCAUUAUGUCUUUUGUGUUACCAAAAAUCGUAUGCAAAAACUUGUAACAUGUGCGAGAAGGUAAUUGCCGCGGACCAACAAGGCGUCGCGGUGAAAGAUCUAAAUUUCCACGCGACAGGCGCCUGUUUCUGCUGUUACAUUUGUAGUAAAAACUUGUUAAACGGGAAAUUCGCAGUUAAAGAGAAACGAAUAUUUUGCAGCAAGGAUUGCAUCUCAAAAUUUUCAUCUUAAGCAGGUAACAGAGAUUAGAAAAUACUUUGUUACUUUGUUUAUAAAAUCUGAUGUGCAUUAUGUACAACUUGAAUUGUUCAUCUAUAAAUACAUUGAACAAGGAAACAUGUUA